UACAUCAUUACUUCAUUUAAGGGGAAUUGUAGCCUCAAGUCCUCCGCAAAUCAAACGACUUGAUUAAAGUACAUGCAGUGAAAUGGAUAUUAAAUGUGAUUCUGAGGCUGGAAAUGGUACUAGAGACCCCGGUGUGGUGUAUGUGUAUAGUCCCGAGUACAUCGACACAUGCGAUUCUCUUUCCAAAGUACCUAAAAGGGCAAGCAUGGUUCAUUCAUUAAUUGAAGCAUAUGGCUUGCUUAAACAUAUGAGGGUUGUAAAGCCCCACACUGCGACGAUGGAGGAGAUGGCAGCCUUUCACACUGACUCCUACCUGGAGCACCUGCACAAAGUCGGGGAGGAGGGAGAUGACGACGACCCCACGUCUAUAGAGUAUGGCCUGGGUUACGACUGCCCUGCAACAGAAGGUAUUUACGAUUAUGCUGCAGCAGUAGGAGGGGCAACUUUAACAGCUGCCCAGUGCUUGAUCGACAGGACGUGUAAAGUGGCAAUCAACUGGGCAGGAGGCUGGCAUCAUGCAAGAAAAGAUGAAGCCUCCGGGUUUUGCUACAUUAACGAUGUAGUUCUUGGUAUUUUAAGACUACGGCAGAAGUACGAGAGAGUUUUAUACGUGGAUGUGGAUUUGCACCAUGGGGAUGGUGUGGAAGAUGCAUUUAGUUUCACCUCCAAAGUCAUGACGGUAUCGCUGCACAAAUUUUCUCCUGGAUUUUUUCCAGGUACUGGAGAUGUGUCCGACACGGGGCUUGGGAAAGGAAGGUGGUAUGCCGUUAAUGUUCCCCUGCAAGAUGGAAUUCAAGAUGACAAAUAUUACCAAGUCUUCCAAAGUGUGCUGACAGAGGUACAUGCAGCCUUUAAGCCUGAAGCUGUAGUCCUGCAGCUGGGUGCUGACACGAUGGCAGGGGAUCCCAUGUGCUCCUUCAACAUGACCCCAGUGGGAGUGGGGAAGUGCCUGCAGUAUGUUCUACAGUGGGAGCUUCCAGCUCUGAUAUUGGGAGGAGGAGGGUAUAACCUUGCCAACACUGCCCGGUGCUGGACCUAUCUGACUGGCACUAUCCUCGGCCAAACACUCUCCUCUGAGAUUCCGGAUCAUGAGUAUUUUACGGAGUUUGGCCCUGACUAUGUACUAGAGAUCACUCCGAGCUGCCGACCAGACCGCAACGAGUCUCGGCAAAUUCAACAGGUCAUCAGCUCCAUUAAAGGGAAUCUGAAGAAUGUGGUUUAAGAGUGGAGCGCGGAUCAUAUUUCCUGAACAGGGAGGCCAUGCUAAUGAAGACA